UUGGCCAAUUUGCAGCAUAAUGACAGGUAAUUUUGGAGGGAUUUUUGAAAAACAAAAUUAUAUUUUUUACGUCAUCACAGAAAAUCCCCGUCCCUUCAUUCUCCCACGCUCUUUCUGUUUGUCUAAACGUACGCGCGCGCUUAAAAAUCGAUUUUUCAGCAGCUGUUUCGUUUUUGCUCCGCCUCCUCGUGUUCAGAUUUUCUUCGCGCACUGCUCACUCAAUAAUAAUAAUACUACUAGGCUGAAAAAUAUGCUAUAUAAAAUUGUGGCUCUUCUGCUUCUCGUGUUGCUCAAAAACUAUGACAACCGAGGCCGAAAAAUGGGCGGAGCCAGCCAAUUUUGAUGUUAGAAAAAAGAUUUGGAGUUACAAUAAGUUAUUUUUAGUCAUCAGUUUUUGCUGGAAAUUUAGAAUUGAGCUGAAAGUUGAAAUUCGAUUAGAAAUGUUCAGAAAAGUUUCAAAAAGCUUCUCAAAAAUGCUCAUUUUCAGUCAUGGUAAUUUUCAAUUUUCAAAAAGUUUCAAUUUUCAGCUACUGAAAAAUCCCCAUCCAAAUCGAAAAAAAUCGAUAUUUUUCAAAUUGUUGCUCAAAAAAUAUCAAUUUUCAACUCACAACUCCUCAAAAAUUCCAUUUUUCUCAAAACUUUUUUCUUCCUUCCUUUCUUCAUUUUUUCUCUAACACCCUCCACUUCUCGAAUACUCUCUCUUCACAAAAUAUGCUCACUUUUUAUCUCUAACACUCUCUCUCUUCUUUAUCUACUCUCUAAUCUCUCUCUGCUCCAUUUUUGGCUCAUUUAUUUCGUUCUUCUCUCGUUUUUUCUCGGUUUUUCAUGUCAUCCUUUUUUAUGUCAUCGUUAUGGAUUUGCUUUUAUGUGUUCCGAUUUUGGGCCCUAGAAAUUGAAAGUUUUGAAUUUGAAUUUUCGAAAAAAAAAUCUCAAAUAUUUUUGAAGUUAAUUUUUUGGCCCCGAAAUAUGGUUUUUAGAAUUCAAAACCCACAUGUUUGAUUAACCAAAAAAGUUCCACGUAUCAUUUUUUGCGCGAAUAAUCUCAAAAAACUCUGAUAGUUCUCUCUGAAAUCCCUAAACAUCCAAAAAUUGUUUCAGAAAGCGACGAAAUGAAAGCCGAACCUCAUCAACAAUCAAUGCAACAAGGAAUCGCCUCAUUUCCAACACAGGUAUAGAUUUUUGACUUUAAUUUUAAGACCGCUCAAAAAAUGAGCCCAAAUCAGGCUUAUCGCAAAUAGGCCUGAUUGUUCGAAAUAAAAAAAUGGCCACGUGGAUUUUUGGCUCGUAAAAUCCCUUUUAGCUCUUUCUUUCUCAAAAAAAAAACCAAACAAAAAUUCAAUUUUCCAACGUUCCAAAACCCAUUAGACUCUGCUCAAGAAAAAAAAUAAAUGAGCCAAAAAAUUCAAUUUUCCUCUUUUUUUUUCAAUUGAGAGAGAAGAGGCAGCGAGAGUUUUGGCGCCACGUGGAAUACGUAAUUUUCUACUAUCAAAAAAUUGAUGUAUUUUCAUUAUCCUGAUUCUAGGCUUGAUUUUAAAGUCUUACAAUUAGACCUAGGAGAUACAAACCUCAAAUGUUGAUCAAAAUUUUCUUUAAAAAAAUUAUUGUUAUUCCGAAAAUAAAAGAACCCCCGUUUGAAUUGGCGCUCACGUACAGUAGACUAAAAAUGACGUGACACAUGCACAUCAAACUGGUUGGCAAAUAGCCAACGUGUAAAUUUCGCAUUUUAUUUUUCAAAUAGACUCCAAAAUUUCGCGAAGUCUACUGUAGUAUUGGUUUCCUAGGCCAUUUCGGUUCUCUUCCAAGGUUCUUAUUUUUUUCGGAACGACAAUAUCUUGUUUUUAUUUUUUUGAAACAGUGAUUUUUUUUUUUUGAAAAUUUUAUAAAAAAAUUUUCAAUAACAAGAUUUUCUGACUUUUAGCUCCAAAAAUCGAAAAUAUAUCAUAUUUGUUUUUUCUCAAUCGUUAUUUUUUGCAGCCUCCUCGACCUCCACCAAUUUCACCAAAUGGUCCACCAGCCGGAAGUUUGACUGAAUCUCAACUUUUUGGAAAAACCAACAAUUACACCCGAUGAUGUUUUGAGACUUGUUGGAAUUACACAAGGUUAGCUUUUUUUGAGAAAAUAUCACUGUUUCAAUUUACUUUUAAAAAAUUGUUUGAAAAUAUUUGGAAAAACCGAAUCAAUACAAAAUUGUAUUUGAGCAAGAUAUUUUUUCUUUUCUUACAAUUAAAAAAAUCACUGUUUCAAAUGUUUCCAAUAAAAUUAUUUUCUUGUUGUGAUUUUAAAAAAAUCCUUUUUUUCUCAAAAAUUCACUGUUUCAAAAUUUUCACAUGAAUUUUCUUCUCAAAAAUUUGCCAGUACCACUUCAAAAAUAUAACUUUUUUUUCUCAGCACGCUGAGAAAACGGGAAAAAUGCUGAGAAAAUCAUUUUCUCAACCGUUUUCCUGUUUUCUCAGCCUACCUGAAUAAGUUUUCUCAACCAUUUCAGCGUUGAGAAAAGACGUUGAAUAGCCCCAUUAGGAACCAACCAACACUUCAAAAAUACAUAUUAAUUUUUCAAAAAUUUCCAGAUUAUUUAUGUUCACCGAGUGCCAACAUUUACAACAUCGAAUUCACUCGUUUCAAAAUCCGCGAUCUGGACACUGAACAAAUUCUAUUCGAAAUCGAAAAACCCGAAGAUAAUAAUCAAGAAAAUGUUGGACAAACUCAUCCAAAUUAUAAUCAUCACCAUCAAAAUAUUCAACAACAACAAAGACAACAAUCUGAAGGCAGAUAUGUUAGAUAUCGAUUUUCGGCCGAAUUUUUGAAAUUGCGACAUGUUGGGGCUACUGUAGAAUUUGCUGUCGGUUCGAGACCAAUUCAUAAAUUUCGAAUGAUUGAGAGGCACUUUUUCAAGGAUCGAAUGUUGAAAUGUUUCGAUUUUGAAUUCGGAUUUUGUAUUCCGAAUUCAAGAAACAAUUGUGAACAUAUUUAUGAGUUCCCACAACUCAGCCAAGCUUUGAGUAAGUUUUUUGAAUAUUUUAUGAAUUUGAAUUUGAAAAAUUUUUCAUUGAUAAUUCAAUUUUCGUGCCAAAAAUUACAGUACUUUUUUUGCAGUGGACGAAAUGAUCAACAAUCCAUACGAGACCCGUUCGGACAGUUUUUAUUUUGUCGACGACAAAUUAGUGAUGCACAACAAAGCCGACUAUGCGUAUGAUGGAUAA